UUAUCUCAGGGCAGUGCCAUGGGAAGGGUGAGGGGCUUAUUUAUUUAUUUAUAUUCCACCUUUCUCACUGAGACUCAAGGUAGAUUACAUAAUGUGAGAUUAGUACAAUCUAUAGCAAGGACGUUUCCAUGCAGUAUCAAGAACAUUUCCAUAUAGUGUCGAGGACAUUUCCAUAAGUAAUGUCAUAGGAUAAAUAAAUACAAGUUUACAAAGACAUAGUGUUAGCAAGGAUCCAAUACGAAGUUGAAGAAUUUCUGAAACAGAAUGUAAUCAAUUCUAGGACUAACGUUAGACAACAUGAAGCACAGGUAGGAUAUAGGAGUAUGUGUUUAAAGCAACAGAUAUUAUGUAAGGCAACAUAGUGGUGAAGUCUAAGGUCCCUAACUCAUUAGUGAAGCAUCUAAGACCCCCUCCUUACAAUACCACCCCCCUAUCUGAGUAAAAAGCCUUUUUGAAUAAUUUGGUUUUGCAUUGUUUGCAGAAAGUCAGGAGAGCAGGGGUUCUCCUGGCCUCCUCAGGCAGGCCAUUCCACAGGGUAGGGGCCACCACAGAGAAAGCCUGUGUACAGGCUGCUGUUGAUUUUGCCCACGGGCAAACUGGCACCUGCAGGAGACCCAUUUUGGAUGAGCAAAGCUGCCGUGGAGGGACAUAGGGAGGGAGGCAAUCCCAUAGGUAUACUGAGCCAAGGCCAUGAAGAGCUUUGUAUGCAAUAACCAAUACCUUGAAUUGAGCACGGUAACUGAUAGGUAGCCAGUGGAGUGACUGACCUUCCUUGCCUUCCCACCACAGUCUUGAUCCAAAUCAAGCCCUCAAUUGCUUGUAUUUUCAAAGGGGAAAAGGUACCUGGGAACUCCAUUUAGGGAAUUUGUUGCUUCACAAGAAGUUGGGCCCUGAGUUUAGCACAGACCAACUUCAGCUUCAUAUAUAAAAAUGCCCUGUUUGGCACUAUGAAUGUCUGUGAACAAAAAAUAUCCGUCCUUCGAGCCGGAAUCGAACCAGCGACCUAAGGAUGACUUUAGUAGCUUCCUACAGUCCUCCGCUCUACCAGCUGAGCUAUCGAAGGGAUAGAGCUUCUAUGCCACACUGCGCUUUGUAAUUUGGGGUGUAACACCUACAGGGCAUGGUGCUGGCUUAAAGACUGGAGUGUCUUCUUUGAUGUUCUUCCUCCACCCUCUUGUAUCAUAGCCAGCAGAUUUAAAGGCUUGGUGAGUUUGCUUAAGAAGUAUGUAGAUAAGGAUGAUCUGGUAUAGGGGACUCUUAAAAAUGCUUUUAUUGCCUGUCAGCCUCUUCUGAUGCUUUUGCCUGAUAAUUGGAUAGAAAUGGUUUAAAUCAAAAAAUAAAUGUUUUUUAUUACCCCCUUUUCUGUAUUGUGACUCACUGGCUGGGCUGUUUCUGAAUCCUUUAUUAUAUGUUUCAGACUAAGGGUCAAGCUACACAUCAUAGUUUUUACCAUGUAGUAUCUGCGUUCCCUUGACCACUGUGUGGCUGUUCGUGUAGAUUAUCAGUACACCUUCAGCCCCAAGGGUCAAAUUGGGAAAACAGGUGCAGGGGAUGCAAAUGUCACUUCUUAUUUGAUGCCAUGGUCCCAAUCUAAAUCAGGGCCUCCCAAGAUUGAGACACAAGUUCCCUCGCACCUGAUAUGUGACUGAGUCAAAGUCAGGUCAGGGGGACCCAGACCUGACACAUUAAAAAUAUAGUGUGGUCUUAAGCUUUCACAAGCUGAGGAACAGGGGAACAGUAGCGAGCUGAGCUGUGCUUUGGUUUCUGUACUCUUGAGUCAUUUUGUUUCUGCACUGGUUUGGUCCAAAGUAUGAUAAGAGUUCCUUUUCCAUGGAGUUUUGUGCAAACAUGGCUUUAGUGCAAAGAUCAGAUUAAGAUUUUCUUUAGGUUUGCCAACAUGGGUAUUCUAUGCACUUGGCUGAGAUUAAAUAUUAACCUCCCAUUUCACCAGCCAGUUUGUGAACUGAGGGCUGGUUUUAUGGUCACAGCAUGGAAUGGGAGGAAUUUCCUUGUAUCUUCACUGAUGUCAUGGGCAUUAGCUUUUGGAGAGUCAGGGCAUUUGCACAACUACAUUCUGGGCAUGACCUGCAAUCGCAAGCUGUUUGCUAACAGGGAGCCAAAUCAGAAAUGCGUGAUCUGUUGAGGAGCUGAAAAAUCAAUUUGCAUGUUUCAGUCAAACAUUAAUUAAUAUAAUUAGUUCAACAUGGAUGCAACAGGCACUUGCAUUUGUGCUGCUCUUGUUCUAUAGAAAGCGUGAUUGUGAAAUUGUUGGCUUGAAACACAAAAAACUUGUUUCAGCCUUGAAAUUAAGGACAGAUUCACAUUAGGGUAGUCACCAAGUUUUGCAGCCUCUCUGUUUUGCCUUAAAAUUCCCUCUUAAAAUUUUGUUUCUUCCUAGUGCCAAUUGGACUGAGUCUUUGCAGUAUUUUCUGUUUCCAGUUGUCAUCCCUACCCUGAAUAUAUGUAAUUUUAAACAUUAUGGGGGUGUACCAAAGUCAUAGGUUGCCUGGAGCACCAACAAACCUUUCUACUGGCCCUGCAUCAUAUUGAGAUACGAUUAAAUUCCAGAGCUGACAUCUUUUUCCUCACCUAGGACUGAUAGGUGCAUAGCUAAUGUAGUGUCAAGUGAUAGUAUCUUCAGUUCUUUCUGGCCUCUGACAGGACUAAAACCAUUCAAGCCUGAUAAAGAAUAUCUUUGGAUCCUGAGAAAGAAGAUGUUCGGAAUAUCAUACCAUUCUCCUUUACAAUUGGCUCCCCCAAACUCCCACCCCCCCCCCCUGAAAUCCUUUAAUUGCCCAAAGAAGGACCAGCUUGCAGUAGUUUGUUUGUUGCAGUGCAGCUCCUCGGGGCAUGAUCCAACAGGCAGUAACUGGGCAUCACAGGCAGGCAGACCCCCCCCUACUCCCCCCGCCCAAUAUUCCUCAUCUCUACUGUCUUCUUCAAGGUGCCCAAGGCCACUCAGCCAUCCAGUAAUAAUCCCUUCGUGAAUAUAAUUCUGCAAAGUCAGGCAAAAAACCCGUCAAGUUCACCUAGCUUUUAUAACUGUCCCCAGACUAGAUGUUUGAAGGAGUAUGUGGAAGCAUGAAUUGAAAAGCCAGUUCCAUGCUAUAUAGACUUCACUAAUUUGUUAAAAGGUACACACACAAAACACAGCUUUAUACUAAGCCGGAGAAUUGGUCUAUCAAGAGAAUUGGCCUAUCAAGGUCAGUAUUGUCUCUUUUGUCUAGCAGCAGCUCUUUCUCAUCAUAUACCAAGGAAUUGAACCUGAGAUCUUCUGCAUGCAAAGCAGAUGCUCUACCACUGAAGCACACCCCCUUCUGUGAGCUAGCUUCUUAAAAAAGAACAGUAGCUUCUUAAAAAGAACAAUAGUCCUUUUAUAGCUCAGAUGGUAAAAUGGAGUAGAAUGCCAGUAACGUAUCCUUUUGCCAAAUGGUAGAAAAGUCCAUGGGCAGCUUUUAUGGAGUCUGUUCCCUUGUGAGAAGAGGGCAUUUGGAAUCAAUGUUUUCUGUAGUGGCUAGAAUCUUGCAUUGGGAAGAGCCAGGUUCAGAUCUCAACUUUGUCAUAAGCCUUGCUGGGUGACCUUGUGUCAAUCAUACUCUCAUCCUCACCUCACAGGGUUGCUGGAAGAUUAAAAAGACAGAAAGGAGAACCAUACAUGUCCCCUGAACUCCUUGGACAAAGGGAAAGACAAGCAUUGAUAGAGUGCUUCUGGGCCUGGCUGUUAUGCCAACUACGCAGAGCUUCUUGAGUCCCUUGGAGAGAUGCUUCGAAGACCCAGAAUACAACAGUCUGCUGGAGAUUGCAAAGAACGGUUUGGGCAAAGCUGAGAAACCAAAACGGAUUGUCAUUGUGGGAGCUGGAAUCACUGGCCUUGUAGCUGGGAAAGAACUGCUGGAUGCUGGCCAUCAGGUGACCAUUUUGGAAGCUAGCAAUCGUGUGGGAGGCCGAAUGGAAACUUAUCGGGAUCCAGCGGGUGACUGGUAUGUGGAUUUGGGCCCUAGGCGUUUGCCUUACAGUCACAGAAUUGUCCGGGAAUAUGUAAAAAACUAUGACUUGAAAUUGAACUAUUAUUCUGAGGGCAAUGGCAAUGCCUGGUAUGCGGUGAACAACAUCCGAGCCCGGGUCAAAGAUGCAGAGAAGAACCCGGACAUUCUGGGGUACCAUCUGGAUCCUUCAGAACAAGGGAAGUCUGCUGUGGAAUUAUACUAUGAAGCUUUAAAACCAAUAGAAGAGGACUUAGAGAGAUCAAACUGUAGCAAUGUGCUAGAAAAAUAUGACACCUUUUCCCUCAAGGCCUAUUUGAUUGAAAAGGGGAACCUAAGUCAUGCAGCAGUGCAAAUGAUUGGAGACUUGCUUAACCUGAGUGCAGAGUUUUCUCGUAGUUUCAUUGAAUUCCUCCGGGAGAUUUUUCUGUUUACUCGGGAAAAGAGGUUUGAUGAGAUUGCUGGGGGCUUUGAUAUGUUACCCGGUGCCAUACACCAGUCCCUUCCAACUGCUUCCGUUAUGCUCAAUAGCACUGUGGUGGAGAUCCUGAGGAAAGGAGACAUGGUUAUGGUGCUCUACCAUCCUUCUGGUUCCUCAGGCCCAGCAGGCAUUGUUCUGGCUGACUAUGUCAUUAUAACCUCCACAGCAGAGGCCACCCGCCUCAUUUACUUCCACCCAUCCCUCUCACCGGCUAAGGUCCAGGCCCUGCGGUCACUGCAUUCCACAGGGGCCACCAAAGUGGCACUGGCCUGUACUAAGAAGUUCUGGGAAGAAAAAGGAGAAGAGAUUUAUGGUGGCACUUCCAUCAGUGACCUCCCCUCCCGGAUCACCACCUACCCCAACCACAACUUCUCCAAGGGCCUAGGGGUCAUCCUGGGCUCUCAGACAUAUGGGGAUGACUCUGAGAUUUUUGCAGCCCUGAGCCCCCUAAAAAUCAUUGAAGUGGUCCUGAGGAAUUUGGCUGCCAUCCACCAGCGCCCUUUGCAGGAGCUGCAACAUCUUUGCAGCCGGUGGGUGGUCAAGAAGUGGAAGCAGGAUCCCCAUGCGAUGGGGGCUUUCACCCUCUUCAGGCCCUACCAACUGAGUGAACAUGCCGAGGCCUUGGCCAUUAAUGAGGGAAGGAUCUAUUUUGCUGGGGAGCACACGGCGUUGCCGCAUGGAUGGAUUGAUACUGCAAUUAAAUCUGCUUUGAAGGUAGCCCGGGAUAUCCAUCAGGAUGGAGGGACACAGGACUGUGUUCAUGUCAGAGACAACAGAUCGUGGGAAUUAGAAUGUCAUAAAUCUCCUUGAUCAUUUGCAAGGAUACAUUCAACUUUCCUUCCUUGAACUGACCAAAUAAAUGUGAACUUGCGCAGUUCAUACAGCAGCAUUUCAAAACCAGGUUCCUGUGUGGACCAGACGGACUAGCCUAGCUGAGUCCUUGACAAAUUUUCUUUGGUUCUAGGAGCCAGCGCCAAAAUUUAGGAGCCAAAUCCAUGUUUCAAUCUUCAGGUUUUAUAUUUUAAUAACUAUAUUUCUAAUUAUUUCUUCCAUAACACCUAACUUCACAGUUUUUCAUAAUUUUACUAAAGCGAUGACAAAAGAGUUGUAGUAUAUAAGUAAGCCCUGGUCUAGACAGUUGGGCAGCCACAGAGUGAAAAGACUGCUGUUAGAGGGGGAGCAGCCAAUCUGUUAGUCCCAACAAAAUGAACUCAGUUUUUCAAAACCCUCAACCAAAAUGCUCGAUGCGCUCAUGUUAUUAGCCACUGUUUCCAACAGAGGGAGUAUUUUCCUUGUCUCCUUGAAUGGAUUUGAGAAAUCUGCUGUCUUUUAGACUCCAGCCUGUAAAAUGGGCAUGAUAGUUACCUGCUCAUAGAAUAGAGUUUAAAGGGUUCAAUGAGUAAAUUUAGCCCAAUGAUCUUGAAAGAACUUUCCUCCCUUUUUGGUGUUUUACUGGGUCCAAUAAUGUGUUUUAUAUUUUUAUAACACUGAAUACAAAAAGCCGGGAAUCCACCAGUUAACCAAAUCUUACUAUUUAAAUAUAGGUGCAAAGUGCAAGUGCAAACAGUGUAAACAGUGUACAAUAGCAAUAAAUGAAUAUAAAUAUGAA